UAAAGGUUUUGACUACUCGUUUCUAUCUAGAGGAUUAGACAACCAGGAAGAGCUGAGAGAAAUGUAUUUGAAAGGCACGAGGAACCUGAACACUACCUCCCUCAGGUAAAGACCAGUCCUGGAGAGAAGAGAACCACCAUGGCUACUAUGGCAGAUGAAAAGAUGGCAGGGGAAAAUUCUCCCAUUGAUGAUGACUCACACCGAGCUAAGGAACCAUCCUGCAGGAAAGGCUUUUGUUCAGUCCGGCAUGGGCUGGCCCUCAUCUUGCAUCUUUGUAACUUUUCAAUCUACACUCAGCAAAUGAACUUGAGCAUUGCCAUUACGGCUAUGGUGAACCACACAGAGGCAUCCAGCCAGCCCAACUCCUCCACAGAGCAGACCUCCAUGGACUCCCUGGGCUCCUGGAAUGAAACCUUAAAGGAAGCAAAGGCAUUGGCCCCUGUCUAUGACUGGAAUCCUGAGAUCCAGGGAGUCCUCCUCAGCUCUCUCAACUACGGCUCAUUCUUGGCUCCAAUCCCAACUGGCUAUGUGGCUGGGAUAUUUGGAGCCAAGUAUGUGGUUGGCGUUGGCUUGUUUGUUUCCUCAGUCCUGACGCUCUUCUUUCCUCUGGCGGCUGAUGUUGGAGUGGCCUUACUCAUCGUCUUCCGAGUCAUUCAAGGCAUUGCCCAGGUUAUGGUAUUAACAGGUCAGUACUCAAUUUGGGUCAGAUGGGCUCCCCCACUGGAAAGGAGUCAACUCACCACCAUUGCUGGAUCAGGGUCAAUGCUGGGAACCUUCAUUGUCCUCCUUGUUGGUGGUCUCCUCUGCCAGACCAUGGGAUGGCCUUAUAUCUUUUAUAUCUUUGGUGGAAUUGGCUGUGCCUGCUGCCUUCUCUGGUUUCCUCUGGUCUAUAACGACCCUGGAAGUCAUCCCUUCAUCAGCACCAGUGAGAAGAGGUUCAUUGUGUGCUCAUUGGCUCAGCAGGACUGUUCUCCUGGCUGGUCUCUUCCCAUUAAAGCUAUGAUCAAAUCUCUACCACUUUGGGCCAUUGUAGUCUCGUACUUCUGUGAAUACUGGCUUUUCAAUACCAUAAUGGCAUACACACCCACUUAUAUCAGCUCUGUACUUCAAGCCAGCCCCAAAGACAGUGGAAUCCUCUCGGCCUUGCCUUUCAUUGUCGGUUGUAUCUGCAUUGUCCUUGGAGGCCUAUUGGCAGAUUUUCUUCUCUCCAGAAAAAUCCUCAGACUCAUCACCAUCAGGAAAGUGUUCACUGCCACAGGGGUUUUCUUCUCGUCUAUGUUCCUUGUGCCUCUGCCUUGGGUAAGAUCCAGCCAAGGUGCCACCAUGGCCUUCUUGGUUCUGUCUGCUGCCUCCAGUAGCUUUUGUGAAUCAGGAGCUCUUGUUAACUUCUUGGAUAUUGCUCCUCGGUAUGCUGGCUUCCUCAAGGGACUAUUGCAAAUCUUCGCACAUAUAGCUGGAGCCAUCUCUCCCACCAUUGCUGGAGUUUUCAUCAGUCAGGAUUCAAAUGCAGAGUUUGGAUGGAGAAAUGUGUUCUUGGUUGCAGCUGCUAUUGAUAUAGUGGGGCUAAUCUUCUACCUCAUUUUUGCCCAAGCAGAAGUGCAGGACUGGGCAAAAGAGCAGGCACUCACCCACUUCUGAGCCACUGGAGUGCAUGUGAUGUCCCAGCACUUGGUAGUUCAUUACUUUUCCUCACAGCUUUGCCCUUUUGAGUCUGCUUGCCUGAUAUGCCAUUUAACUGGAACUGGAUUUGUUUCCAGUAUCUUCUCAGAAACCUUGGCUAUAUAAUAUGGAAGAUUUUAUGAAGAUUGGACAUUUUUAUAGGAGAAAAAAAGGCUCACUGUUUAACCGUGAACUCCUGAAAUCAUAGAUACAUUUGACUUUCUCAGUGUCUUCCUUUUAUGUUAAAGAAAAGCAUCCAAUGCUGGGGGACAUUUUCUUGCCAAAGUAGAAGAGAAAGUGGAACCAUGGCAGUGAGGCUGGAAAUUACCAGGGAAAUGAGGCCCAAGGGUCAGAAGAUGAACCUAAGAGUUUCCAUCAAAAGAAAGGCAGAGGCCAUGGAAAGCAGAACAUCUCCAACCCCAAGUCCUGGGCCAGGAGGCCCUGCUCUAAGCCUAAGUGGCUCUCACAUGCCUGAGGAGGGAUACAGGACACUCCAGGCAUGGAAUGUGGGCAAGAUGCUUCCUUGAACACUGACAAGUAAGGACAAUAAAGAGAGGAAAAGAGAAAUGAAUUCUCCUCCUAUCGCCCCAACUAAUGCACAUGGAAUAGUUGACUUUGCCUCUUCCUGACAACUCACCCUGCUGGGAACUAGCUUUGGGCCAGUGCCCUCCCUGUACCUGCACUUCCCAGCACUUACCAGAGUCAGCUCUUUCUUAGCUGCCUUCUGGCUGAGUAUCUGACGCCAGCCCCACAUCUGCUUGGCAGAUCUGUGCAGACACCUGUGCAUCUUAGUGAGUGAACUGUCCAGUUUCUCUCUUGUCUCCAUGAACAUUUCUUCAGGGGAUCAUUCCUAUCUCAGGUGCCCUUGUCUGCCUCUCUGACUCUUGGGGUCUUUCCCACCAUUCAGGGGGCCUCUUUCAGUGUUCACUUCAUUAGUCUAAAAGGUCUCUGGAAAUGUACAUACGACUCACACUGCUUGACCCCAUUGUCAAUGUCCAGAGUAUGUGGGGUAUGCCUAGUUUCAUUAAGCACAACAUGGCCAGCUCAGGGACCACGAAAGAGAAUAAAAAUGCUCAAACACUAAGUGAAUGUUAAUGAAUAUGUUUACAUUCCUGGGAUCAUGACAGAAAUCAAAAUCACACAGAGCAUAAAGAAGCUUAACAUCUUAGGAAGACAGACACCUUUAACCAGAGAAUCCUAGCUGUGUAAUGACAGUUGUUGAUUGCAGAAUAAUGGGAGGUCUGACACGUUAGAAGAACAGGUGCACUAACUAGAGGGUGAAUCAGGGCCACCAAGCUGAAGUGCCUCUCUGAGCUGGGAUCUGAAGGACAACAGUAACAGAAAAGAGGGAAAAUGAUAUAAGAAGAAGGCAUGGCCAAAGCAAAGGUUUGGUGGCAGGAAAGAGCAAUCACAAGUGUCCAGAAGGCAGAGAAUAAGAAAUCGGGGAUUAGGAGAAGCUAUAGAAGCAUUAAGGCCAAGAAUGCACAGCGGAUAGUGGACCCAGUGAAGAAAGGGUCAUAACCAGGGUUUUUGUCUUUUAAAGCUGCUCUGCAUGGAGUAAGGUUUUGUGGUGUAGUCCAGGAAAGAGUGAUGGCUAUUGGCAUGAGGGGGAGGGUGCAGUGAGAGGAGAGUGAAUUACUUGCUUUAGGAGACAAACCUGGCAAGACUCUAAUACCAAGAGCAGACGAUAUCUAGAGUGACACUUGGGUUUUGUUUGUUGCUAGAUCCAAGGAGGUGCUUCUCAGGCAGUUAGCAAUCACACCCAAGUGAAGAUCACAAGAAGGAAAAUGACCACACGGGUUUGGACUUCACUGAUGAGAUCUGGGUACCAGUAACAAAUUUAGGAAUCAUCUAGGAUUAAUUCAUCUAGCAAUUAAUGUUUUUAAUAUGAAUGAGAUUGUCCAAGGAUCAAAAUGUAUGCCCGAAAGCUUGAGAACAAUCCUUCAAGGAUUCUAGUAGUUAAUGGUAGCUGGAGGGUGAUAAGAAAAGGAAAGAAGGAAGAAGGGAAGGAAGGAAGGAAAGGAGGGAUGGAAGAAGGGAGAGGUAGAAGGAAAAGCAAGAGAACAGAGUACUAAGGGAAAGAAAGAGAAUGUGUUUCAAAAGGGAGAGAAGAGUCACUGAUGUCAAAUCUUCAGAUCAGGCCACAUGAGAGAUGAGCAGAAAACAGAAAAGAGAACACUGCUGACAUGGCUGGGAGUAGAGGGAGGAAAGAGGUGAGAAAGUAGCUGCAGAAGGGUACCAGAAAAAGGAGAGUUUAAACACUUGUGUUUAAGUCCUAUGAGAAGGAGUUAGUGAAGAGAAAAAAGUUGCAUGUGGAAAAGAACAAACAUUGAGCAAACAUUUCUGAGAAAAACACAGGUGAGGUGUGUUGGGACCUGAGGCCCAGUUAGAUGGAAUGUGGACAGCUUUUGCCUUUUCACUGACUGUUCAAGGUCCUGUCCAGGUCCAUCAGCAGGAGAUCUAGGGAGUGAUUUGCUUGUUUUUCCUCCUACUUGGAAGAGGGGUAUAGGCACUGCCAUUGUGUGUCGUGAGUGUUCUGGCCAGAUAGGAGCAUAGUGAUCUGGCAGAGAUGCCCCACAGGUUGCUGGUGGCCUGCAGGUUGAUGGGCUCCAGAUGGCACAGCAAACGCUUCUAUUGUUCCUCCCCUGCUACACUGACAAGCUUCCUCUACCCAGUUUGCAUGUAAACCUGGAUAGAGUUCCAGAACUAUGCCAUGAAAUAUUUGGCAACAUCUUAAACACAAAAAUGGUAUUGUUUCCACAGUCU